AAAACAUAAUCAUUUUUACUGUGAUAUGCCUGAUAAAUCUAGGAUUUUUUACACAGAAAUUUUUGUUUGUGUAAAAUCUCACUCAGAGCUCCUCGGGUCGUUCGUGCACUAGUGAGGCAAGGAACCGAGGACUGCCGAAAACUUUCCCAUUCGGUGCGGACCUCGCAUACUUUGUCAUCAUGCAUCAUGUGAACGCUUGUCUUGACUGCUGAGAGUGCCAUGGAUCAAAGGAAAAGGAAUAUGACACAGAUUAAAGAAUUCUGCAUCAAACCUGAAGAACACAUGGGAUAAUGACUAGUAUUCCACAAUGGUGAAAUUGACCAUAGACCUUAUUGCAAGGGGUACCUCAGGGUACACUAAGAAGAAACGAGAUGAAUCCAUGCAACAGUAUUUGAAACGCCUUACUCAUCUUUAUUUAGAAGACAGAUCCAUCGAUGAAGUGGGUGAAGAUUUAUCAAUGUGCAGGAACUUGACUGUACUGUAUUUGUAUGAUAAUCAGCUACUAAAGAUCCCUGUCCUGCACCAUAACCAGCAUUUGACCAUGCUAUACCUGCAGAACAAUGACAUUCAUAAAAUAGAGAACCUAUCACCACUAACAAGGCUG